GUGGGGGACUCUGCUGAGUCGAAGACAGCAGCCCGGCCACCGGACCUACUUACUCGCCUUGCUGAUUGUCCAUUUUUAUACGAGUUUACGACUUUUUAAGAACUUUUGUAUACAAAGGAACUUUAAAAAAAAAAAAAAACACGGGCAUCUACCAUUUAUAUUUAAUCCAAAGAAGAAGGAUCUCGGGCAAUUUGGGGUUUUGGUUUUGACUUCGUUUCUAAGUCCUUUUUUUCCCUCUUCGUUGACUUUGGGGUUCGGGGUAUCCCCACCGCUUCGGCCUGCCGAGGACCUUCUGGGCCCCCACAUUAAUGAGGCAGCCACCUGGCGAGUCUGACAUGGCUGUCAGCGACGCACUGCUCCCGUCCUUCUCCACGUUCGCGUCCGGCCCCGCGGGAAGGGAGAAGACACUGCGUCCAGCAGGUGCCCCGAAUAAUCGGCCCGAGGGGGGCCCGGGCGUGGCCCCCGGCAGCACCAGCGGCGGCCUCCUGUAUGGCCGCGAGUCUGCGCCCCCUCCCACGGCUCCUUUCAACCUGGCGGACAUCAACGACGUGAGCCCCUCGGGCGGCUUCGUGGCCGAACUCCUUCGGCCCGAGUUGGACCCAGUGUACAUUCCGCCGCAACAGCAACAGCCGCCAGGUGGCGGGCUGAUGGGCAAGUUUGUGUUGAAGGCGUCGCUGAGCGCCCCCGGCAGUGAGUACGGCAGCCCGUCGCAUGUGGGCAGGCCCCUGGAGGCCCACUUGGGCACGGGACCUCCUCUCAGCAACGGCCACCGGCCGACGGCGCACGACUUCCCCCUGGGGCGGCAGCUCCCCAACAGGACUACCCCGACCCUGGGAGCCGAGGAACUGCUGAGCAGCAGGGACUGUCAUCCUGCCCUGCCGCUGCCCCCGGGCUUCCACCCCCACCCGGGGCCCAACUACCCACCCUUCCUGCCAGACCAGAUGCAGCCGCAGGUGCCGCCGCUCCAUUACCAAGAGCUCAUGCCACCCGGGUCCUGCAUGCCAGAGGAGCCCAAACCUAAAAGGGGGAGAAGGUCGUGGCCCCGGAAAAGGACAGCCACUCACACUUGUGAUUAUGCGGGUUGCGGCAAAACCUACACGAAGAGUUCUCAUCUCAAAGCACACCUGCGAACCCACACAGGUGAGAAACCUUACCACUGUGACUGGGAAGGCUGUGGGUGGAAGUUUGCCCGCUCAGAUGAACUGACCAGGCACUACCGAAAACACACUGGGCACCGCCCCUUCCAGUGCCAGAAGUGCGACCGGGCAUUCUCUAGGUCGGACCACCUCGCCUUACACAUGAAGAGGCACUUUUAAAUCCCCAAACAGUGGACGUGACCCACACUGCCAGAAAAGAAUUCAGUAUUUUUUUCCCUUUACGCGGUCUUCCCAAUGAGGGGAGGAACCCAGCUGGAAAGCACUACAAUCAUGGUCAAGUUCCCAGCAAGUCAACUUGUGAAUGGAUAAUCAGGAGACGGGAGGAAGCCCAGAGACAAAUCAAAGGACAGAUGGGGUCUGUGACUGGAUCUUCUAUCAUUCCGAUUCUAAACCCAACUUGAAUAUUCCUGGACUUACAAAACGCCAAGGGGGUGACUGGAAGCUGUGGAUAUCAGGGUAUAAAUUAGAUCCGUGAGUUGGGAGGGGGGCGGGGGGAGGGCAGACCAGUAUUCCCUGGAAUUGUGUUUCGAUGCAAUAUACAUAUAAAGAUCACCUUGUAUUCUCUUUGCCUUCUAAAAGCCAUUAUUAUGAUAUUAGAAGAAGAGGAAGAAAUUCAGGUACAGAAAAUGUGUUUUAAUAGCCUAAACGAUGGUGCUUGGUGAGUCUUGGUUCUAAAGGUACCAAAUGAGGAAGCCAAAGUUCUCAAACUGCUGCAUACUUUGACAAGGAAAAUCUAUUUUUGUAUUCCGAUCUACAUGUAUGACCUAAGUCAGGUAAAUACACCUGGUUUACUUUAACAUUUUUUAUGCAGACAGUCUGUUAUGCACUGUGGUUUCAGAUGUGCAAUAAUUUGUACAAUGGUUUAUUCCCAAGUAUGCCUUAAGCAGAACAAAUGUGUUUUUCUAUAUAGUUCCUUGCCUUAAUAAAUAUGUAAUAUAAAUUUAAGCAAACUUCUAUUUUGUAUAUUUGUAAACUACAAAGUAAAAUGAACAUUUUGUGGAGUUUGUAUUUUGCAUACUCAAGGUGAGAAUUAAGUUUUAAAUAAACCUAUAAUAUUUUAUCUGAA